UCUAGCACCACUUUGCAUUGUCAGUGGUGGAUGCACAAAGUGAAACUGUGGUGUGCGCGAGAAGCGAAUGCUCCCAAUUGGACGGAAAGAACUCUACAGCCAGUGCUUUCAAGGUGAAAUAGACAUUUGGGCAGAGUGAUCUAGCCGUUCUGUUUUUUGGGGCGAGCAUCCGCGAUAAUGUGUGGCAAUCAUCGUCAGUUCGGUGGUGUGGAAAAGUGGAAAGAUUUUAUCGCAGCCAACGCGUAGUGUUGCUAUCCAGUGAUUAUUGAUUUUCCAAGUGCAGUGUGUGUGCGUGUGUGUGUGCGUGUGUGGUGUUAGCCCUUCCAAAAAUGGACCCCACGGAGUUAAAUCUGGAAAUGACAAUAUGGAAAACGACGAGCUGCUGUCUCAUCAAUAUCUAAUUUCCCCUGGAACAGUUGCCUGGUGAAAGACAGCGCUUUGUGCCGGGCAAAUCGUAGAGCAAGAGCUGUAGCCCAUUCGGAACACGGUUAGAUUGCUCUCCCAGUGGCUCAGUGAACAAGUGCAACCGCUCGGACACACACGCACACUCGGAUCGGGAGGUGUUUUUUGUUGCGCUGAAGUGAGCUCCGGAAGGUGUGGUGCGGAUUAAUAGAGGGAGUGUUAGCUUAUGGACUAAAAAUCGAUCAGAGCCAGAGAACCGUGCACCACCGUGUACGUCUGCGGACCCGGUCGCUUAGCGUGUGGUUGGAUUGUGUAGGUUGUGUGUGCGUGUUAAGGAGAAGCGAACGAGUUUUGUCGUCGAGCAGAAGUGAUUUGCCCCGCAGCUAACGCGCUUACAACAAUCGCACCACGCAGCCGGGUAUGUUUAAUGGACACAGGGAGCCUUGUAAGCGUCGUCUAUGGCCGAAUCCGUUGGUAAGCAAGUGCUCUCUGCAGUGACGGAGGGGCAUCAUCAUCUACAGCAGCAGCACCAGCAGCCACAAGCGAAGCAACAGCAGCAGUCCAAGGAACAGCCACAGCAGCAGCAGCAGCACCCUCAUCAGCGCAAGGACGUCACUGUCAGCAGUAGCGGUAGCGGCCAAGCAGCACACCACAGCGAAAACCGUCGGUCCAGAGCGGGCAAAUCCUCCAAGGGGGACGCAAACCGAAGUAGCUUAUCCUCUGCCCGGGAGUUGCCCGGCGGGGCUGGUGCCCAUCAGCAGACAGAACCUGCCGCAAAGCAGGAACGCUCGGAUUCGGCCGACAACAGCAAGCCCAGUUUGUCGCGCAGUGCAAAGCGGAAGCACAGCUUACCACUGACCGGGAGCAGUAGUAGUGCGGAGGUAGCGCAGGGUAGCCCAUCGGCCGAACAUCAUCCAGUCGCGAAACGGCAGUCGUUGAAUAGUAAGGCAGCAGCGGCCACCGCUGCCCCGGUUGCCUACCGUACGCGGUCUCGCACCACCUCCAAAGAGCUCGUGUUCACCGGUUCCAGCGGCAGCGGCACUGCGGUCGGUGUCAGUAGUACAGCCGAGCACGGGUUUGAUCUCAAACACCAGCAGCAACUACAGCACCAACAGCAGCAGCAUCAUUUGCAACUUCAAGCAGCCGUGACACCACCUCCGAAGCUUGUCGACGUUCGAAACAAUCGCAACAAAUCGUCCACCAAAACAGCAGCACAGUCGUCGUCGGCUGCGAAGGGAGGAGGCUCCGGGCCCAACCCUCAUGAGAGUACAAAGGCAGCUACUGGCAGCAAUUCCACAGCAUCAUCCGAGCGUAAUUCAGCAGCCGUAGAUCGUAGCAGCUCGUCGGCGUCGACAGCGACCGAUCACAACAGCGCAACGCCUGUGUCGUCCGCCGCCGCAGUAGAAACGCAGCAGCACUCCAAAGCGAAGCGUGGAUCCGUCAUUGGCGCAAGCAAUCAUCGGGCAAACGGAGAAGAGAGCAGCGCUUGCAGUACGCCAUCGCUAGCCUCUUCGUCGCGUGCAAUCAGCAAAACCAAGCACAGAAAAUCCGGCGGAAGCUCGUCGUCAGCGAAGCUUUUGCGUAAGAUAGCCGACCGGAAGGGUUUACUCGCGGAAGACACCAAACCGGCGUCGAAGGCGACAACAAUCAAAGCGGGCCAGCGACGCUCCAAAGGUGACCGCAAGUGGCAGCAGGAAACAACCUCAGCCACCGCUACGCGUCCAUCAUCCUCCAACUCUGCUGCAGUAGAGCAAUCGGCGGUAGAGGUAGUCACCAUUCGUAACUUGCGCUCACACCACCAACAUCAGCAGCAGCAGCAGCAGCACAUAACGCUCACUGCAACCGUUAACGAGCAAGGACUUGUGACCGGCGCGCAGGUAUCCUCGAGCGCAGCCCCUACCGCCCCGACCGCGUCGUCGUAUUCUGCUUCUGCUUGUUCCGGUGGUGCGCAAGUGCCCAAAAAGCGCCAGAAAGUGGGGGGGGAUCACAAUAAUCAACAUACCCACCACCACCAGCCCCAUCAGCAGCAGCACCCAAAUCUGGGUGCAAGACUAGCGGCACGUAGUAGCGGCAGUAGAGAGCAGCAGCAGCAGCAGCACCACCACAAUCACCACCUGAACACGGUCGGUCUGCAGCACUACCACCAUCAACAGCAGCAGCAGCAGCAGCAGCAGCAUUUGGUAGUGCAUCAUCAUCAUCAAGGUCAGCAGCAGUUGGCGCAGCAACACUACACGCUACAUUCCCAGCAGAUACCCCAUUAUUCUGCCCAGCAACAGCAACACUUUCAUCACUACCAGCAGCAGCAGCAGCAGCAUCUGCCGACGGCGGCCCAUCCACCCCAACUGCUCCAUCAGCAACAACAGUUUGCCGUGGGCGAGCCAAGUGGUCUGCACCUGACGCAGCAGCAGCAGCAGUACGAAGUAGCGGCGCCGAGCGGUGGCACGGCGAUACAACAGCCGCAGCAACAGCAGCAGCAGCAGCAGCACGGGCGUAGCGGUGGAGGUGUUGGAGGUUUACUAAGACGCAGUUCUCGGGGCAAGAGUUCCCACUCAUCCGCAACCACGGGGUCUUGCGUUAGCUCCAAUCCAACCAACAAUCCCUACCACCAGCCACAAUCGCACUCCGCGUCAUCAUCAUCGCGGUCCGGUAGCCAUCAUCAUCAUCACCGCGGUGGUGGUGGUGGCGGCGGCGUCGCAGCAACCGGUGGUGCCGCCCAUCUGAGUAGCGCGGGCACGACGGUGAUCGCCGGCACUUCCUCCUCGUCCAAGGGGGGCAGCUCGUCAUCGUCGUCCAAGGGUGCGAUCCUUUUGGCGACCAGCUUUGACGGCACGGGUGCCGCGGGUGGUAGCGGAAGUGGGGGUGGUGGUGGUGGCGGCCCCUCUACCUCGAAUGCGAUGGCCAACGAUGGUUUUCGUAACAACAACAAUAACAACAACAACAGCAGCGGUAACGAUGGAGCAGGCUCACACCACCAGCAGCAGCAGCAGCAAUCGACCCAUCCGUUGAUCAAGCUAACGAAGGCCGCUCUGGGGGGAGGAGGAUCCUCGUCGGGCUCCUCGUCCGGAGUGCCAUCGCACCCGUCCGGCUCUUCGUCGUCGGGUAUGGUGGACGUGAACAUGCUGCAUUCGGGUGGAACGACCGCGGCCGGCACUACCGCAUCGACCUCGUCCGGGUCGGGUGCGGCCGGCGGUAGCUCCGGUGUGCCACCGCACCCCGACUCCGAAAGCGACGACAGCGAGGUGGGCAGACUGCAGGCACUGCUGGAGGCGCGCGGCCUGCCGCCCCACCUGUUCGGAGCGCUCGGGCCGCGGAUGCACCAUCUGCUGCACCGCACGAUGGGAACGAACAGCAGCUCGUCGAAGGCGCAGCAGCUGCUGCAGGGCCUGCAGUGCCCGGACGAGAGCCAGCAGCUGCAGGCCGCCAUCGAGAUGUGCCAAAUGCUGGUGAUGGGCAACGAGGACACGCUGGCCGGGUUCCCCACCAAGCAGGUCGUGCCGGCGCUGAUCACGCUGCUGCGCAUGGAGCACAACUUCGACAUCAUGAACAACGCGUGCCGCGCGCUGGCGUACAUGCUCGAGGCGCUGCCCCGCUCGUCCGGCACGGUGGUCGACGCGAUUCCCGCCUUUCUCGAAAAGCUGCAGGUCAUCCAGUGCAUGGACGUGGCGGAGCAGAGCCUAACCGCACUGGAAAUCCUGUCCCGCCGGCACAACAAAAACAUCCUGCAGGCGAACGGCGUCUCGUCGUGUCUCACCUUUUUGGACUUUUUCUCGAUCAACGCGCAGCGCGCGGCUCUGGCCAUCACCGCCAACUGCUGCCUGAAUCUGCACGCGGAAGAGUUUCACUUUGUGAAGGAAUCGCUGGCGCUGCUCGCGCGGCUGCUGGCCCAGCAGGACAAGAAGAGCGUGGAAAGCAUUUGUACGGCGUUUUACCGGCUGGUGGACAGCUUCCAGCACGAUCAAGCGGUGCUGCAGGAGAUCGCCAGCAUGGAGCUGCUGAAGAACUGUCAGCAGCUGCUGAUCGUGACGCCCUCUGUGCUGAACAGUGGCACCUUCACGAACGUGGUGCGCAUGCUGAGCGUCAUGUGUGCCAACUGUCCGGAUUUGGCCAUCACGCUGCUGAAGAACGAUAUCGCCUCGACGCUGCUGUACUUGCUGACCGGUUCGGCGGAGCCGGUGACGACCGACGUUGAGCUGGUACCGCGCAGCCCGUCCGAGCUGUACGAGAUCACCUGCCUGAUCGGGGAGCUGAUGCCACGCCUGCCGACGGAUGGCAUAUUCGCCGUGGAUGCGCUGCUUGAGCGACCGCAGCCGACGGUUCAGGAUGCGGUGCAGUGGCAGUGGCGCGACGAUCGCGGCGUCUGGCGCCCGUAUUCGUCCAUCGACUCGCGCAUGAUUGAGGCGGCCCACCUGAACUCGGACGAUGAGAUCAGCCUCAGCACGCUGGGGCGCACCUACACGAUCGAUUUCCACUCGAUGCAGCAAAUCAACGAGGACACCGGCACGACGCGCUCGGUACAGCGUAAGAUAAACCACCAGCUGCUCGCCCAGCAGGGAGCAGCGGCUGCCGCGGCAGCAGAAGCGGCCGUCAUCGUGAGCCCACCCGCCGGAGGUAACGUCGACAGUCCGGCUGCAGGAGGAAGCAGUGCGGAAGCGACCACCUCGACCGUCGGCACCGGUUCGCUGAAUCUUGCCACACGACCGCCGAAUGCGCAGCGUGACGCAAGAAUCGCUUGCCUGAAGGAGGAGCGCGGACUGGCAGCCCAGUUCAUUCGCAACCUGUUCUCCGUGCUGUACGAAGUGUACAGCUCCUCGGCCGGCCCGUCGGUGCGGUACAAGUGUUUGCGAGCGCUGCUCAGGAUGGUGUACUUCGCGAACGGCGAUUUGCUGCGGGACGUGCUGAAAAACCAGCUCGUUUCAUCGCACAUCGCCGGCAUGAUGGCGUCGAACGACAUGCGCAUCGUCGUCGGGGCGGUGCAGAUGGCGGACAUUCUAAUGCACAAGCUGCCCGAGGUGUUCGGCAUGCACUUCCGGCGCGAGGGCGUCAUGCAUCAGUUCAAGCAGCUGACGGAUCCAUCGAUACCGAUCUGUGCGGCACCGUCGCCCAAAUCGACCGGCGGAACGCAGAGUGCGCCCGCCUCGGCCACGCUGCAUCCGAGCGGCAGCGGACAAACGUUCGAUUUCGACAGCAGUGCCAUUGCCUCGAGCUCGAAGGCAGCAGGGGGUGGCCAGGUGGCAAUAGCGAUCGGUGGCAACGCCGGCGGAUCGCACGUGAAGAACCUGUCGUCGGCGAUGAUGAUGGCGAGCAGUAAGAUGGGAACGCAUCAGCACCAUCAACACCUUUCCCACCAUCACCAUCAACAGCAGCAGCAUCAGCAGCAGCAGCAGCCUUCGUCGUCCGCGGGCACAAUGGCGAUGAGUAGUGGCGGUAACAGCUACACGACAUCAAAUGCCGUCGCCGCCGCUGGCACUGCGAUAAACCUCAACAAGUCGUCCUUGAUGCGACAACAGCAAGCGGCGCCGGUCCAUCACCAUCAUCUGAUGAAUCUGAUCCCGCACUCGGUGGGUGGGCAUGUGUCGACCGCCGGGCAGCAUAUGCCGGUGGCCAACUUGCAUCACCACCUAGACCCCAGCAACAGUGGGACCAGCGUGCAGCCGAUGGUGCAGGCCGCUCCGGGCACUUCGAUCGUAACGGCCACGGUCACCACGACGAGCAAUGGAAACAUUCUGCUGAAUGCCAUCUACAAUUCGGCUGCCGCCGCCGCCAUGAACCCGAUGAACCAUCAUCAGGCGCAUCCGCACGCCCAUCCGCAGCCGCAUGCCCUGCCGCACCAUCAGGGCCACCAUGCGCAGCAACCGACGGGAGCGACGGUGACCCAUAUCUACCAGCCGCCGCAUCACUUUUCCGACGCCUUCGGCGGCUACAACGUUGCCGUGACGGACCAGCAAACGAAUGUGGCACUGCUAUCGGGCACCACCCUGGUAGGAACGCCCAACGUACCGCCCCCCGCGGUCGUUGGCAACAGCAAUGCGGCAAUGCACGGUGUAGCGCAGGGCGGCGGCAUGGUGGCUACUUCGAACAGUGGCACCACGGCGAGUGGCACGGCCCAUCACGGGGCGCACGAGAGCGGCAGCAGUGGUAGCAGCAAUCCGGGCCAGCUCAAGAUGUCCGACAUUCUGAAGCGCAAGGUACCACCGAAACGGAAAUCGCAGGGCAGCUCCAAAUCCAAAUCCCGUCACGAUGAUGCGCACGCGUCGUCCGGUGGGGCGGCUGGGUCGUCCUCGUCUGCCGGUGCUGGAGCCGCCGGUGCGGCCGGUGCGAGUGGUUCUUCGUCCGGUGGAGUGUCCUCCGUGAUGCAGGAGUUCAUCAACAAGGCGACCACGAUGGGAGCAAGCUCAUCGUCCUCCGGACGACACACACCCGCGUCCGGAUCGGGUUCGUCCCGGUCGCGGUUUACGGGCACUUCCAAGACGACCUCGUUCCUUGCGUCUCUGAAUCCCGCCCGCUGGGGCCGGCAAUCGUCCUCGUCCUCGACAGCGUCCACGUCGCACAAUGCUGCGUCGUCCGGCUCGGGCUAUGGCAAGGACGGCAGCGGCGGAAGCUCGUUGAACAAGAGCCACUCGAACUCGAACCUGAUCGCGGCCGGUAAUCGCGAGAAGGCCCGCCAGUGGAUCCGCGACCAGGCGAUCCAGUUCGUAGGCCGAUACUCCGCGGACACGGCUAGCGGGUCGGCCGACGGUGCUGCCGGCGGUUUGGGCGGCGGUGUGCUUCAGCAACACCCGGCCUGCACCAUCCUGAUCCGGCUGACGGAGGCAAUCCGCAAGCUGGACGGCCGCGGGGAGGAAUGCCUGAGUGCGCUGCAGGAGCUGCGCGACAUCCUGAUGGAGAGCGACAUAUCGCCGUUCGAGGUGAACCAUUCGGGGCUGAUCCGGGCGAUGCUGAACUACAUGGCGAACGAUGAGAACCCGCUGGUCGAACGGGCGACCCGCUUGCGCAUGUUUUUGCACGUGUUCGCCGGACUGCCGCUCGAUGCCAGCUACUCGCACGUGGGCGCCGGCACUCCCGCCGGCAUGGACGGGGCCGCGUUUAGCGCUCUGGUGGCGAAGCUGAACGGUUGCGUCACGCAGCUGGAACAGUUCCCGGUGAAGGUGCACGAUUUCCCGGCCGGCGUCGGAGGACGAUCCAACACAAGUGCUCUUAAAUUCUUCAACACACAUCAACUGAAGUGCAAUCUUCAACGCCAUCCAGAAUGUACAAAUUUGCGCCAAUGGAAAGGCGGUACUGUGAAAAUCGAUCCGCUCGCGUUGGUGCAGGCCAUCGAGAGAUAUUUAGUCGUGCGCGGGUACGGCGGCAUCCGCGUGGACUCGGAGGAGGACUCGGAGGAAGACAUUGAUAACAUCGAUGCGGCGGCCAUGAUAUCGAUGGGUGGACUCAAACACAAGCUACAGUUUUUGAUCGGCGAGCAUGUGCUGCCGUACAAUAUGACGGUGUACCAGGCGAUUCGGCAGUACUCGCCGCUGGUGAAUGAUCAGUCCGAGACGGACACGGAUACGGAAACACCGAUUGGAAGUGCAAGCAUUUGGGUACAACAGCACACAAUCUACUACCGUCCCGUGGAGGAAGAAUCGAACGGUUCCAGCAAGGGUGCGUCGGGAUCGUCGCGAAAGAAUAGCAAAAAUUCCUCCCAAUCCAAGCUGAUGCGCAGAAAGCCCGAGUUCUGGAUCGACGGACAGGUGCCGGCAGUGGUGUCUCCGCUCGGACCGUUCCUUACGUCGAAGCUGCCGGACGUGGUAACCGUCCAGGAUGCGUCGCUAGACGCACUCUGCAUGCUGCGCAUCAUCAAUGCGCUCAAUCGGCACUGGGCAACGCUGUACUUCUCGGUGCCGCAUCUGCCCAUUGUUCCGCAAGCGGAGUUUAUUCACUCAAAGAUUGCGGCCAAGGCUAGUCGGCAGCUGCAGGAUCCACUAGUGAUCAUGACCGGCAACUUGCCGCAAUGGCUGCAGCAGAUUGCAGUAGCGUGUCCGUUCCUUUUCCCCUUCGAAACGCGCCAUCUUCUGUUUUACGCCGUUUCGUUCGAUCGAGACAGAGCGCUGCAGCGUCUGCUUGAUACGACACCUGAUCUCAAUUCGGCUGACACGAGCGAGCGCGUAACGCCGCGCCUCGACCGUCGAAAACGGGCCAUAUCCCGAGAGGACAUACUGAAGCAGGCAGAAUCGAUCAUCCAGGACUUUGGCCACUCGAAGGCACUGUUGGAAAUUCAGUAUGAGAACGAGGUCGGCACAGGGCUGGGGCCAACGCUCGAGUUCUACGCACUGGUCUCGACGGAACUGCAACGCUGUGAUUUAGGCUUAUGGAACGAUAGUGAUAGCUACAAAAACAAUAAUCAACAAUCGACCUCGAUCGCGGACAACAUCGUCAAGUCGUCGAUGGGCGGCGGGGCGCUCGAGGACGCCAGCUUGGACACGACCACGACGGCAACGACGAUGGCGCUCGUCAGCAUGACGACCAACACCCGCUCCUCGCUCGGAUCGAACCGCGGCAGCGACGAGGCCGCCAACAACAGUGUCAGCGGCGUCAGCGACGACAACAGCAGCUUCAUCAUCAGCAACGACAAUUCGCUCAACAUGCUGAUCGAGCAGUCGGACCAUCUGCUGCAGCUGAAUCCGCAGCAGGCGGAGCUGGAGAACAACUCGACGCCACCGCCGGCUCUGCCGCCGUCGUCGUUCGCCGACGUGGAAGGCUUGAUGAUAACGCCACUGGCGGGCGGAGUGGGCGCAACGGACGGUACGGGCAGCCCGGCCGUCAUCGGCGCCGGUGCCGUGUCGUACGUGAAUGCACCGCGGGGACUGUUCCCGAUUCCACUCAGCAAGACGGCGAAGACGUCGCAGAUUUCGCGCCUGAAGCACAAGUUCAAGUUUUUGGGCAAAUUUAUGGCUAAAGCUGUAAUGGACAGUAGGAUGCUUGAUUUGCCCUUCUCCAUUCCGUUUUACCGCUGGAUGCUGAGCGAAGAGAGUUCACUUGGGCUGUCCGAUUUGGGUCAGAUUGCGCCAGAAGUGCAGGGCACAUUGCUCCGGCUGAACGAGAUCGUGAAGCAGCGAGACCAGAUCCAGGCUGAUCCGACCCUCAAUGCCAUGGAAAAGACUGAAAAGAUCGAAGCACUGGAUUUGGACGGAUGUCCCAUUGCGGACCUAGGGCUGGACUUUGUCCUACCGGGUCACCCGAACAUCGAACUGCGCCGUGGUGGACGUGAUAUGGCGGUGACGAUCAACAAUCUGCAUCAGUACAUUUCGCUCGUUACGCACUGGUUCCUUGCCGAAGGAGUAUCUCGUCAGUUUGAAGCACUACGCGAAGGAUUUGAUACCGUCUUCCCGAUGAGUCGUCUGCAAAUGUUCUACCCGGAGGAGCUGGAGAACGUGUUCUGCGGAUCCGGCAUCGGUGGAACCAAUCAGCAGCGCUGGGACGUCCGAAUGCUGGCGGAAAGCUGCCGAACGGACCACGGCUUCAACCAGGACUCGCCGGCGAUUCAGUUCUUCUACGACAUUCUCGCUACGUACAAUCGGGACGAGCAGCGGCUGUUCCUGCAGUUCGUCACCGGCAGUCCGCGGCUGCCAACCGGCGGCUUCAAGGCGCUCACGCCACCGCUCACGAUCGUGCGCAAGAAGAUGGACGGCAACCAGAACCCGGACGAGUAUCUGCCAUCGGUGAUGACGUGCGUCAACUAUCUGAAGCUGCCGGACUAUUCGAAUCGCGAUGUGAUGCGUCAAAAGCUGAAGAUGGCCGCCAGCGAGGGAAGCAUGAGUUUCCAUCUGUCGUAAAUCCAUGGUGCUCUAGAUCAUCGUGGCAAGAAGUGUGCGCGUGUUUCCGUUUUGUGGAGCUCUUUUGGUUGGUUCGCUGCGAGAGAAGUAAUUCGUCAUGCACAUUGUGCAUGGUGUUUUCAUAUGCUCCUGUGCGCUGAUGAUAAGAAAUCAAGUUCAAUACGAAGCAGCACCGCGGGUGGGUGGCCAUUGCAAACAAUAUCUAAAUCUCUAUUCCUCCGUGUGGUAGCUAAAUAUAUGAUGGUCGUUGUGCUUGCACGAAGAAACGGUUGCCAUACGGUUGUCGUCUUGGCAAUUAGAAGGGUUCGUGCAAACCGGAUCGGGGGCUUACUGCCCGAUGUAAAUAAUCUCCCCCUUUUCUCUACUCUACCCCCGUAUACAUACAUUUAAAAAGCUCACAACAAAUCUUAAAUGAUAAUGGAAUAAUCCUUAUUGGUAGAAUCGAAUAAAAGGCAAAAUAACACAACCAGACACUAUUGAUGGAGAUAGGCUGAGGCAUGGUAUCGUUUCAAUGCGUCUGGUUAGAGGCGUUCGAAGGUUUUGUUUAUAUUUCAAUGCGAAAAGCUGCAAUUUGGCGUAUUCACCAUUACGACCACCCAAACACACAGCUCUUGGAAUUCGAUUGAGAACGUGUCGAGAGAGAAAGAGAGAGAGAGAGAUAGGAUUUCCUUUUGCAGCCAAAUACAUAUAAAUAUAUAUAUAUGCAUAGACGAUAAAUAAGCAAGUAGUAAGACAAAUGCUAUAAGAAAUGAUACACACUGGGGGAAUACACAUACACAAGAGAAGCGAGAUAAGCAUAAAUCAACUAACAGUACACUAUCAAUAGAGCGAUUAAGGUAAACCAACCUAUAUAUUUGCUGCAUACGAGAGAGAGAGAGAGCGAGAGAGAAUGAAGAAAUCACAUAGCCGCGGAUUCUGGAUCUGCACAAGCGUGUUCAGAUUGAAUUUAGUUCCAUUGGAGAGCUGUUUUAAGUUGGCUUAAGCUAAGCGCGCAAGUAAUGUUGAGGCGGGGAGGCACACAGUUGUAUGAAAUCCCACCGCAAUGAAAACAGACCGAUGAUCUGUUGAGGCAGAGUUAGCAGAGCGCGGGGGUUGGUAACUAGUGAAAUUCGAACAGACAGUGUGUUGUAUAUUUUAGAUCGAGAUCGAUCGUUCCCUUUCUUCUUUCAUGUGAUGAUGAAACACAAUCGAAAUGAGAAGCGUGUGCGAAGUGCGAAGUAACGUUGUUUUAACAAAUUAAAUUUUAGGUAAGCAAGAAUUACGUCUUUGUUCAUAACAUUUCAUACACAAUAUAAGUACGGGCUUUGAGAACAUUUCUGUGUGAAUUUUGUUUCCUUUUCAAACCAACAAUGUUUAGGAGCGUGCGCUGCCACUUGAAGGUGUAGUUAUUCUCAACCCCCUUUAUCCAAGAAUUGGCGUGUGCAGCGGGGGCAGGAAGGAACUGCUAGCUCAGAAUGCGCAUAUUGGUGUGCGAACUUAUCAGAAAACACAGAUUCGGUGGAUGACACCGCACUCGGCAACAAAACACAUGUAUCGUUGGUAGUGUUUAAGCAUAUUCACCCAAGUAUCGACAUACGUAUAUACCUAGAGCUAAUAAAAUUCGAUGGUCAUGUGGUCAAAAUCACUAUUA